AUGGCUACUGCAACGCAAGUCCAACUCUCGACAUCGAAUGCCGGCGUAUUCUCACAUAACCCGAGAGAAGAUUCGGCCAAACGCGCUAGCGAACUACUGCAAAGGGAUAUGAAGGAACAUCACAUCUUCUUCAACGAGAAGAGAUUCCAUAAUCACAUCGUUCACCAUCUCCUCACCCUGUUUUCACUGGGAGCCUCACCCGAAGAGAUACAGGAUGCUUAUGAUCGAGGACAUAGCUAUCAGCGAGCGCCAUAUCCGGUUGACGAUAAAGUCGUGCAUGCUAUUAUCGAAAAAUCAACAUUCAAAGACUAUCUCGGAAAGGAGGAGCAUUACUCGAACUUUCUUGCUUUUUUCCAGCAAGAGAUUAGCACCAAAGGUGUUGAAGAGACUCUGCGGGAACAUGUUUUUGCGGAGGACGAACAUGCAGACGAGUUACUAGGAAGACUAUUUUCAGGGCUGAUUCAUCCAAUAAUCCAUCUCGGUUUUGGCAUUGAGUUCAAUCAACCAGCUAUCAUCGCAGAAGGUCUUGCCGAAGCUGCAGUACAUGAAGGAUGGAUAAGACCAUUCCUGCAAAGUACCGAAGAUGCAGCUGGAGGAGUUGGUUCCAAGCCUGGAAAGACUAUAACUGAGCUCUUGCAUGAGCUGGGUAAAGACGAGGAGAUUUUGUCUAGUGUCCGUUACAGUGACAGUAGUCAACUACGAGAUGGAAUCCUCAAACGUGCCCCGGAGAAGAUGAAGCAUUAUGCCAAACAGUACACAGUGUCAGCAGAGACAUUGAACGAACAACUGAUUGAAAUGGUCAAUGCGCUAGUUUACUGUGCCGCUGCCUCCCAACACCCGCCUAAUGUAGUCAAAUAUGACUUCAUACUUAUACACGCCGUGAACUGCUCGAUUUUCUUUUCUGCUAUCCUGGAUCGACCCUGGAUCAGCACUCGUGCAAAGGUCCGCUUGUUGGAGUGGAAAGGACGCAUGGAUUUGCUUAUAUAUGCUUCUCGUCAUUGUCCCCCUCUCAAUCUCACCGAAAUAACAAAAUACCCUAUCACCAAGAGCUGGGACGAGAUUAUAUAUGCUGGCAACACCCACCAAGGGGAUGAUGGACACGUUGUAAAGCUCAUUCGGGCUAUAGCACACGGCGAAGAGAUUACUAUGCCUCUUGAGAAGCAAGGAAAAAGCAAAGACCUGAAAAUACAUGGUGAUGCGUGGCUCAAAGCGGCUAACAUGGCUAUUGAUUCCACUGUGACUUCGUCACACCGAUGGAUUUUCGGCAGUGGCUUUGAAGAACCAUGGGUAGACAUUCCGCGGCGUGCUCGAUAG